AUGACAGACAACGUGAAGAAACGAGGCCCGGCCAUCAAGCCUGAGGAUCCACUGCUUGUGCGGACUGAGAAGAAAGUCGAACAGGCUCUGACCCUUCUGUGGAAUGAUCUGCCAAAAUGGAUGCAAGACAAUCACUACGUGCACAGCGGCUACAGACCUCAGAGCAACUCGUACGCCCGAUCUGCGAAGUCGUUAGGCUAUUUGCACAAUGAGAGUGUCAACAUAUGGACGCACCUAAUCGGAGCCUUGAUGGCAGCCAUGGCAGCAUCGACUUUAUUCGUCACGAUCCGACCCCGAUUUCUGGCUGCAACCACGGAAGACACUAUUGUGUUCUCGUGCUUUUUUCUAGGCGCAGUGAUUUGCCUGGGCAUGUCAGCGACGUAUCACACUAUCGCAAACCAUUCGCCGAGCGUAGCAAAGUUCGGUAACCGGCUAGAUUAUUUUGGGAUCGUUUUCCUCAUCUGGGGAAGCUUCAUUCCUUCCAUCUACUACGGCUACGGAGAGGAUCCCAAGUUGAUCACGCUGUAUUGGACGAUGAUAUCAACCAUUGGUGCUGCUACCAUUAUCGUCGUUCUCCACCCCAAGUUCAGGACGUCUGAAUGGCGACCAUUCCGGGCUCUGAUGUUCGUUCUAAUGGGGUUGAGUGCGGUUAUCCCUGUUAUCCAUGGGCUUCACCGCUAUGGCUAUGAGCAGCUAGAGCGGAAGAUAGGCCUGUCAUGGUUGGUAGGUCAAGGUGCCAUGUACGUGCUCGGAGCUGGCAUAUACGCUGCCCGGGUGCCUGAACGUUGGGCGCCUGGCAAAUUCGACAUAUGGGGCAGUUCACAUCAGAUCUUUCAUGUGCUGGUAGUCUGUGCAGCGGCUGCACAUCUCGUGGGACUGCUGAAAGCGUUCGACCAUGAACAUAAUCUGCGUAACGAGUCUCGUCCUGCGCUCAACAUGCUCUCGACAUCGAAAUGGCUACCCCUUUAA